AAUGUCAGCGUUACCAAAAACCAAUCCUCCGCCGCCCAUAUAUUUAGUUAACUUUGAGAACUAUCUGAAACCUAAACAAUUAAACAAAUGUCAACCUCUUCAGCGUUUCGAGAAGCCAGUUGGUUCCACCUCAUAUCUAAUCAAGAAUAUAAGGCGAUUAAAGCUGUUAAGAUGGUACGGUAGUCUAUCAAACCAGAUUAGAAGGCUACCACUGCCCAGAUUUCUCAGAUUUCUGCGAGCUCGUAACGAUGAUGGCCUUUGCAAACGCAAGACGGGAUUUGAGAUCUACUGCGAGAUGGCCAGCAUACAUGGAUUUCACAUUUUUGUGGGCGCCAAAACAUGGCAGCGUAUUCUCUGGUGGCUCCUCAUUUGCACCGCGGUGAUGCUGUCUAUCAUCAUUGUGACCAUGUCACUUGCAAUGUCAGAGGAAUCGCCCACCAUACGCUUUAUAGACAUGAAGUCUACGGCAGAGGUGCCAUUUCCUGCUGUCACCAUUUGUGGUCUAAACUUGAUAUCCAAGCAAAGACUACAAACCAAAGCAAAUGAAUUGGAAGUAUUAGCAGAAGACCUUCAAACAUUUCCUUUUAUGAAUUCUACUGUACGAGAACAGCUGGGAAAUAUAAGUUGGCUAGAAUUGCUAGAGGAUCUGGCUACUCCUAUAUGUCCACAAAUCCAAUCUUGUCUGUGGGAAAAUCGCGUGGAUAACUGCCUGGAAAAGCUGCUACCAAUUUGGACUCAGGACCAACGCCUGUGCUGCAGUUUUAAUUACCGGCAGCAGAGCUUUAGUUCUCAUUUAGGAGUUAGUUUGGUUCUAAGAGCCAGUGAAGAGGACCUCGAAAGUCUCACCAUGAAGGGCGUAGAGGUUCUUAUACAUGAAUCCCAUGAAAUACCCAAUGAUGCUACACCAAGGUUCCUGGUGCCCAGUGGAUCAGAGGCUCACAUAAUGGUGCAACCCUUUGUCAAUCGAUUUAUGGCAGAUUUGGAAAGUAUACCAGUUCAAAAACGAGGGUGCUAUUUCCCAAAAGAACGUCGAUUAGCCUCAUCUAAUGUCUAUCACCAAAGCAUUUGUCAGGCAGAAUGUCGCAGCGAAAACAUUAUGAAGUCCUGCGGUUGCCUUCCUCCCAAAUCUCCUCGUCAAGAAAAAUGGACAAUCUGUGACCUACAAAAAAUGCAGUGCGUAUGGGAUUUCGAUCAUGAUGAGAUCAUCAAAGGAAAACAAAAGAAUUGCGAUUGCCUUCCGCCAUGUGAAUUCAAUCGCUAUGAAUUCCAGGGUGAUAUAAGACUAUUAAACAGGAUGAUUUACAAUAACAUGACCAACCCAAGUAUUCCAAAGCCCACAAACGAAGUUCGCCUGCGUGUCUACUACGACUCACCAAUUGCCGAGGAGCAAGUCUUGGACGUGUUCGGGAACUGGCUGACAUUCAUGGGAACCUUCGGCGGAAUCACUGGACUAUUUAUGGGUUGCAGUUUUGUUUCGGUCUUCGAACUGAUUUUCUUUUCGUGCGUUCGACCCACUUGCAACUGGCUGACCCGUCAGCAGAUACUUUGGCGCCGUCGGAGGAUCCAGAGGGUGGGAACGCCGGCGAGGUCAUUAGGGCUGGCUAAUUAGGCGCUGGCCUAAUUACUUCGGCUCUGGCCAAGUCACAGUCCAUGUCAAGAGGUCAACCUGCAGAGAUGGUGUUCAAAAAGCGGCGCAUCUUCGAUUUGCGGC